AUGGUGAAGAAAAAGAUAGACAAUCGCAUCCGUGUGAUGAUCGAGAAUGGGGUGAAACUAGGCCACCGGACAAUGUUUGUCGUGGUGGGCAAUAAGGCGCGCGAUCAAGUUCCCAUACUAUAUGAUAUCCUGACGAAGGCUUCAGUAAGAACGCGACCGACGGUUCUGUGGUGCUACAAAAACAAGGAUGAGGCCAUCUCCAAUCAUGGAAAAAAACGAGCCAAGAAAAUACAAGCCGGCAAAGUGGAUAUUAACGAGUCGGAUUUGUUUGAUGCGUUCCGGGUUGCUACCACAAUUCAUGGCAGAUAUUACAAGGAUACGCAUACCAUUCUUGGUAAAACGUAUGGUGUGUGCGUGUUGCAAGAUUUCGAAGCGCUCACGCCAAAUCUUUUGGCACGUACCGUGGAAACCGUCGAAGGUGGUGGCUUGAUCAUUUUGCUGCUCAAAACUAUCUCGUCUUUGAAGCAGCUGUACACGAUGAGCAUGGACGUGCACAAGCGAUACCGAACGGAGGCGCACCAGAACGUCACAUGUCGGUUCAACGAGCGAUUGAUUCUGUCGCUGGCCGACUGUUCGCGUUGUUUGCUCGUGAAUGAUGAUCUUACCGUGCUUCCGUUGUCUUCCCGGACGGCAGAAGUAAAGCCGGUCGACAUCUCGUCGAUUGAAAACGUCCAAAAUGAACAGCUAGCUGAGUUGAAGGAAAGUUUGUUGGACGCUCCUCCGGCGGGCCCGUUGGUGAAUCUAUGCCGAACGUACGAUCAAGCGAAAGCCGUAGCCCAGUUUAUAGAUGCGCUAGCCGAGAAACAGCUGAAACCGCCGACAUCGCUCACAGCUGGACGUGGUCGCGGGAAAUCAGCCGCCAUGGGUCUUGCCAUUGCCGGUGCGAUAGCCUUCAAUUAUGUGAAUGUCUACGUUACUUCACCUUCGCCCGAAAAUUUGAUAACACUGUUUGAGUUCAUACUAAAAGGCUUCGAUGUUCUCGAGUAUCAGGAGCAUACAGACUACACCAUAAUCCGUUCGACGAAUCCAAACUUCAACAAGGCCAUUAUUCGCAUCAACGUGAUGAGAAACAAUAGGCAAACAAUACAGUACAUCUCACCGACGGACGCACAUCUGCUGAAUGCGGCCGAUUUGUUGAUUAUUGACGAAGCUGCGGCCAUCCCGCUCCCGAUGGUGAAAGCUAUGCUCGGCUCAUAUCUUGUGUUCAUGGCCUCUACCAUUAAUGGAUAUGAAGGAACCGGACGAUCGCUAAGUUUGAAAUUACUAUCACAGCUCCAAAAGGAAAAUAACGCUCCACUACCGAUCAAGCUAGAAGAGUCAAUCCGUUACAGUCCUGGUGAUCCAGUCGAAACGUGGUUAACGUCGUUACUUUGUCUCGAUGCUACGGUGGUACAAAAUCUCAACACGGGUUGUCCACCGCCGGACGAAUGCCAACUCUACUACGUAGAUAGAGACGCCCUGUUUUCCUAUCAUCGUGCGGCAGAAACGUUUUUGCAACGCAUCGUCUCCAUCUGCGUGUCGUCACACUACAAAAACAGUCCUAAUGAUUUGCAAAUGAUGAGCGAUGCGCCGGCCCACCAUCUGUUCUGUUUGCUUGGUCCUAUCGUGAAGAAAAAUCAACUACCCGAAAUAUUGGUAGUGAUUCAGGUGUGUCUAGAAGGAGAAAUAUCCUCUCAAAAAGUUCAAAAUUCCCUUUCGCGUGGUAUGAAGGCGGCCGGAGACUUGAUUCCUUGGAACAUCACCGAGCAGUACGGUGAUCACGAGUUUCCCAAGCUUUCCGGGGCACGGAUUGUUCGUAUCGCUACGCAUCCAAACUAUCAACGGAUGGGCUACGGCAAGCGAGCCUUGAAUCAGUUGAAGAGUUAUUACGAAGGAAAAUUUCCGUUUGAAUCCAACGAUUCAAACGAAGAGUAUGACGACGAGUCAAAUGGAAUCGAAACAAUCGACGAUGAGGAUGUCGAUCUGUUGAAAGAAGUAAUAGAACCUAGAAAGAAAAUACCUACUCUGCUGAAAUCGCUAACUGAGCGCAAACCAGAAAUGUUGGACUACCUUGGGACAUCGUUUGGCUUGACUGGGGAAUUGUUGCGCUUUUGGAAAAGCCAAAAAUUUGUCCCCGUAUACCUUAGCCAAAAAGAAAACGAUCUAACUGGGGAACAUUCCUGCAUACUGCUUUGCCCUAUCAAUGCUGGUAUGGAAAAGGUCGAGACCCACGAAUGGUUAAAUCAGUACUUUAUGGAUUUCCGUCGACGCAUACUCAAGCUACUUGGCAAGUCGUUUAACAAAUUCACCACCAGCGUGGCGCUGUCUUUACUCGAGAAUAAGGCAGUUAAAAUCGUAGGCAAAGAGCUGACGCAAACAACGAUCGAUGUGAUGUUUCUACCGCACGAUAUUCAGCGGCUGGAAAUGUACAUCAAUAAUCAAAUCGAAUUCAGGCUUAUCAUGGACCUGACGAUUGAUCUAGCCUCGCUAUACUUUCAAGGCAAAAUGGCCGGUGCUCAUAUCGAAACGCUUCACAAAGCAAUUUUGCUCGGCAUGGGUUUGCAAAACAAAUCUAUCGAUAACCUAAUGGAAGAGUUGAACAUGCCCAGCAAUCAGGUGUUGGCAAAGUUUUACGAUUGCAUGAAAAAGCUAACCACCUACAUCGUACGUACCAUGGAGAGCACAAUUGAAGGGUCCAUGGUGAAAGAAAGCCAGCUUAAUAUGGGCGCCAAUCUUGUACCACUGAAGCAAAGCCUCGACAGUGAGCUGGCUGACGAUGUUAAAGCACUCGAGAAACAACAAAAGCAGGAGCUGGCAAAGUUGAAAAAACUCAAGCUUGAUCAGUAUGCCAUCAAGGGUUCAGAGGAGGAGUGGAGCAAAGUCCUAUCGAACAAUAAGUCAACGAUUGUGUCUAUAAAAAGCGGGGAAAAACGCUCUAAUGAGGCAGCUGAGGAUUCUGUGAAAUCAUCCGGCGGUAGCGAUGUGUCUGCGUUCCAAAAAAAGAAAGCAAAAUUUGGAAAGAAACAAAAGCCUCGCAACAAUAAGGGAUGAAUAAACUUCGUAUGAUGAAGAAUACGCAUGUGAUGUGUAACUUUUCCUGUUGAAUGAUGGUGUGCAUUGCUUGUGAGAAGGUCAGAAUGUUGUUAGAAAAAAUAUCAACGUUCGUAUCGUCAAUAAAAAGUCAGAAGUGGUACAGCAACGAUGCAAGUAUUUGCGUUUAUGAAAUAACAUUUAUUGAUAAAAAAUAAAUAAAUCAAAAAUCAAUCUAAUUCAUCAACAUUACUAAACAAAGAAAACAUCCUAAUGUGUGGCAUAUCAAUAUUCUCAUGCAUUCUGCCACAACACAUAAGUUGCACCGAUGC